AUGGCAAUCAUACGCCCAGGCAGGAUAAGGUCCAUUCUCUUUCUGACCUUCGCCUUAAUCCUCAUCUGCACCUUCUACCUCUACUGGACUCCGCCGCCUGCCUCCACGAUCCCCAGUACCGCCUUCGAAGUUCCGCUUACAGAGCGCCAGAAUAUCUUCUGGAAGGCCCUCAAACCAAUUCUCGAUGCGCACGCUCCAAAUUGUCCUCCUCCCACCCUGCAAGCAAACGCGGGGGCACAUCACUUCAAUGCCUCUACUACGGAUCCCCGUCCGGACCUGGUCAUGUUUGAUAACGAGAACGACAUCGUAGCGAUGGAGGAAGCCCAUUCGGGGUAUAUAAACGCUGUUCGGAACGAUAAGAAGCUGCGUCCCGCGCAUUCUCCGGGGACGCGCGGUAUCGUGUCGACGGCAGGCGGCGCCUACUUGCCCGUUUUUGUAUCCUCACUCCGGAUGCUGCGUCGAACAGGAUCCACUCUACCCGUUGAAGUAUACAUGAAGGACAUCACCGAAUAUGAGAAGCAACUCUGCGAAGAAGUCCUCCCCGAAAUGGGUGCACGGUGUAUGGUGCUCUCCGACGUGAUUGGGAAGGAUUCGAUCGCACAUUUUCAGCUCAAGAUCUUCGCUGUCCUUUUCUCAUCAUUCGAAGAAGUCAUCUGGAUGGAUGCCGACUGUUUCCCCCUGGACAAACCCGAGAUCCUCCUCAACAACGAGCCAUAUAAGUCAAAUGGCCUGGUCACUUGGCCUGAUUUUUGGGCGUCAUCGGUAUCACCCGAGUACUUUCGCAUCUCUCGCCAGGAAGUCCCUCCAAUGACCGAACGACAAUCUUCCGAGGCUGGAAUCUUCCUUGUGUCAAAACAGAACCACUACUUCACACUCCUGCUGGCCGCUUAUUAUAAUUAUUACGGUCCGUCGCAUUACUUCCACCUCCUCUCACAAGGCGGGCCGGGUGAGGGUGACAAAGAGACCUUCCUGCAGGCCGCUCGCGCGGUGAAUGAGCCAUUUUACGCUGUCAGCGAGAGAGUGCAAGCUGUCGGCCAUCGUAAGGAAGACGGUGGGAUCUCUGGCUCCGCCAUGGUACAAUCGGAUCCCAUCGGGGAUUACGCCCUCACUUCUCAAGGGAAGUGGCGUGUACAGGAUCCGUCAGUGGACAAUCCGCCCCGAGUCUUCUUCAUCCACGCCAACUACCCCAAGUUCAAUCCGGCAGGAGAUGUGUUCGGAACGCAGUUUGAGACAGCUCCCACUGUCGGCCCAGACGGGCAAGACUCGAGAGCCUGGACUGCCCCCGAAGACACUCUCAGACGGUUUGGUUUUGACAUUGAACGAAACUAUUGGGAAGAGAUUAAGUGGGUCAGCUGCAACCCGGACAUCAAGUUCCGUGCAUGGCAAGUGAAAUCAGAGAUUUGCGACAAGGUCGUCAGCUACUGGAACAAUGUCUUCGCCGAACCGCACGAGGAUGAUCCUGUUUUUGUAGCUGAUGGGUGA